AUGCCACGAAGAAUUGAGGCACGUGAAUGUAUCUCCAUACAUGUAGGACAAGCUGGGGCUCAGAUUGGCAAUGCAUGUUGGGAGUUGUACUGUCUCGAACAUGGCAUUCAGCCUGACGGCCAGAUGCCCUCUGAUAAAAUAAUCGGUGGUGGCGAUGACUCUUUUAACACUUUUUUUAGCGAGACAGGAGCAGGAAAACAUGUUCCAAGAGCCAUCUUUGUAGAUCUGGAGCCCACUGUCAUUGAUGAGGUACGUACAGGCACCUACCGACAGCUGUUCCAUCCUGAACAAUUGAUCACAGGGAAGGAGGAUGCUGCCAACAACUACGCUCGUGGUCACUACACCAUUGGCAAGGAGAUCAUUGAUUUGGUUCUGGAUAGGACUCGCAAACUGGCUGACCAAUGCACUGGCUUGCAAGGAUUCCUCAUCUUCCACUCUUUUGGUGGAGGCACAGGCUCUGGUUUCACCUCCCUGCUCAUGGAGAGAUUGUCUGUUGAUUAUGGUAAAAAGUCAAAGCUUGAAUUUGCAAUCUACCCAGCCCCUCAAGUUUCUACAGCAGUGGUAGAGCCCUAUAAUUCCAUUCUGACCACUCACACCACCCUUGAGCAUUCUGACUGCGCCUUCAUGGUGGACAAUGAGGCCAUCUAUGACAUCUGUCGCCGGAACCUUGAUAUUGAAAGGCCAACCUACACCAACCUGAACAGGCUCAUUGGCCAAAUAGUGUCUUCUAUCACAGCCUCUCUUCGCUUUGAUGGUGCCCUGAAUGUUGACCUGACGGAGUUCCAGACCAACUUGGUGCCCUACCCUCGUAUACAUUUCCCUCUGGCAACAUAUGCCCCAGUUAUCUCUGCAGAGAAGGCCUACCAUGAACAACUUUCUGUAGCUGACAUAACAAAUACCUGCUUUGAGCCAGCCAACCAGAUGGUAAAGUGUGAUCCUCGUCAUGGUAAAUACAUGGCCUGCUGUCUGCUAUAUCGUGGUGAUGUAGUUCCUAAAGAUGUCAACUCUGCCAUCGCUGCCAUUAAAACCAAACGCAGCAUCCAGUUUGUGGACUGGUGUCCCACAGGCUUCAAAGUGGGUAUCAACUACCAGCCUCCAACAGUCGUUCCUGGAGGGGAUUUGGCAAAGGUCCAGAGGGCUGUGUGUAUGUUAAGCAACACUACAGCCAUAGCUGAGGCUUGGGCUCGUCUUGAUCACAAGUUUGAUCUGAUGUAUGCCAAGAGGGCUUUUGUGCAUUGGUAUGUCGGGGAGGGAAUGGAGGAAGGAGAGUUCUCAGAGGCCAGAGAGGAUAUGGCAGCACUGGAGAAGGAUUAUGAAGAAGUGGGUGCGGACAAUAUAGGGGAGGAGGAAGGAGAAGAAUACUGA